CACCCCUGAUCUUCUGUCUAUAAUUUUGGUAAGUUUAGAACGUUUGUGCCUAGCGUUGUGUUACGCGGCACUUAUGAACUAGUGCUUUGGCGGGACUCAAUCAACUGAUGCAGGACCCUACAUUGCAGUUCUUGCGUACACUGGUUGCCCAUGGCGAAAACAAAUUCUGUUUCGAUUGCCACCAAAGGGGCCCGACGUAUGUAAACAUCACAAUAGGCUCCUUUGUUUGUACAACAUGCAGUGGUGCUCUGAGAAAAUAUAACCACAGAGUGAAAUCGAUCUCAAUGUCAAAUUUUUCCCAGUCAGAGAUUGACUUUCUUUGCACUCGUGGAAACAAGGCAUGCCGAAAAAUAUAUAUGGCUCUGUGUGAAGAUCAAACAAUGACAGAGAAAGACUUAAAAGAUGGGGCUUUAGAUAAUUAUUUGAGACAAAAGUACCAGUUACAAAGGUGGUAUCGUGAACCUACAUCGCAGAUAGAAUCUGAAGCUAUGAAAGAAAAUCGUGAACUUCUUGAACAAUCAGAGAAAAAUAUGAAUCAGAAAGGUCAACGUAAUACAUGUGGUAAUGCAGCUGCUGGACUUAUUGUUCUGCCUACUCGUUCAAGUACUAAUCUUCCUACUCAAAACAAUCUAACCAACAGGACAACACAAGCUAAUAAUGUCAAUGGAGACAAUGUGAUACCACCACAACAAUCAAUUGCAAAUAAUUUAACGCCGAAUCAAAAACACGAUGUAUUUAGUAGUAAAACAACCACCAUCGAUCCAUUUGCUUCAUUUCCUUCUUCAAAUCCUAUUGUUGUUACUAGUACUGUGACUACCAAUACUGAUCUGUUUGUAAAUUUCUCUCCUAAUGUUCUUACUUCUAUUAAUCACAAUAAUCAUAAUCCUAAUCCUAAUUUCCCAAUCAAAUCAUUCCCUUCUUCUAAUAUAAUCAAUUCAACUGCAUCCAAUGCUUUUACAACAACAACAAAUUCAUCAAUGAAUACAAUGUCUAGUUUUCCUAGUUCAAGUAGUGGAGAUAAAUAUGCAGCACUUGCUGAAUUAGAUGGUUUAUUUAAAAGUACUAGUCUUAAAUCAACCAAUUCAGAAACUACUAUAGAACAAGGUAUAAAUGAUCAAAUAUUAUCUAAAACUAAUAUGCCUAGUGUAAGUGUAUCAUCAGCUAACAACCAAUGGGUUAGUUCAUUUACACCUCAAAUUACUUAUUCAAAUAAUCCUACUGCUGCUGCUGCUGUUGUUGUUCCCGUCGGAGCACCAUCACCUGCAUGGUCUAUGAAUACAACAGCUUUUAAUAAAGAUACUAAUAUACAAUCAUUUAAUCCAUUUACUACUACUACUACUACUACUAAUCCAACAGUUCGAAUUUCAAAUCCUUCAACUUUCAAUCGAUUUCCUAAUCCAUUUACAAAUUAUCCUCCAGUUAUGGGAAUACCUUCAAGUAUGCAUCAAUUCCCGGAAGCUUUAAGUUCAGAAAGUAAAAAUCCAUUUCUUGCAAAUACUCAACAAUCAUUUAUUAAUGCAAAUCCAUUUUCGAAUUUAAUGCUGCACCACUCUACUACAUCUGCACAUUAUCAAUCACAAAUAACAACGCCUAGUUCAUUUUCACCGAUGAUGAUGCAUCCUCAUCAUCAUCAUUCAGUUAAUAAUUUUCCUACAAAAAUGAAUUAUCCUAUGAAUGGAAUGGUUGGACAAACCGGAUCCAAUAGUGGAUUAGUAUUGGAUAAUACUAUGGAUCCUAUGACUCGUUAUCAAAUGUCCAAUUUCAAUCCAUUUUAAGCUGAUAUUAAACAAACAAACAAACAAACAAAGAUACGCUUUAUAAAUAUCAUGCUUUUGUGUUGUGUCAGUGAACAAACAAUUCCCAUUUCGAUUGUCGGUGAUCGAUGAUGUCAUAUUCUUCGCCUCUAGUUUUUCUAAAAGGAAAAGCUUCAUUCAGACCCCAUUACAGGAUUAUAUGUGUGUCUAUAAGGAGGGAAAGUGUAGUACAUUUCUGCAAUAUAUAUAUGCAUAUACAUAUAUAGACAUAUAUAUAAAUAUAUAUCAUAGCAUUUUGUGUUAUUUUUUCUUCUACUUCUACUUCUUCUCGGAUUGUUUUUUUCUCUUUUCUAUAGAAUAUCGUAGUUUUCAUAUGAUUAUUAUGAUAAUCUCAUGGUCAUUAUUCAGAUUUGUCAUGAUUGGUUGUUUGUUUUUUUGAAGCGGUGAUUAUUUGAUUGUUCUGAUUGAUCUUUGGACACACGAUUAUUUUUCCCCCGUUUGGCAUAUUUUUUGUCAGAUGUGACAGCAACAAAUAACAACAAUCAUCGUAGUAAUAAAUCUCAAUUAGUCCAGUCACAACAUCAUCACCCACCAUUAUUCUUCAAUGAACUAAAAGUUCCAAUUCAUGUAUACGAACAAUUCCAUGUAAUGUAACAAACAUUUAUCAUACUCCUCUUUCUUUCAUUUAUCUCUUUGACAAUCAAUCAAUAACAAUCACAAUCACAUUCCGUUGAGAUUCAUUCAUUCAUCACAUCACAUCACAUCACAUAUUUAUUCUUGUUGUCAGUAUUGACAUUGAAACAUGCCAUUUAUCAAUAAAAUUAUGAGACAAUGUAAUGUAUGUAUGUAUGUAUGUGGUACACCUAUUGAAUUAUAAUAAUGACCUCCUAACCUCUUCUUUACCUUCUUCUUCAUGUUCCAGUAUUCAAUUCUCUCUCUCCUCAUCAUCAAUCUCACUUGUAGACAAUUGACUUUCAAACAAGACUUUUACAGAUUUCUUCUUAUUCUCUCUAUUUUAAAAUUAUUUAACAAAAUCCGAAGUGUAUGUGUAUGAACGCAUGCUAACUAACUACCAUCUCGUUCAUUGAUUGAUUGAAUAAAUGAAUGAAUUAAUAUAUUGUUCAUUUUUUAAUUCUCAAUUAUGAUUAUUAAUUGGUAGAAAAGAAAAAAAAGCAAGUGGAGAUUUGUUUACUUUCAUUCAUUCAUCAUUUAUUAUUUGGGUUUAUUAUUAUUUAUUUUUUCUCUUCCCAACCCAAUUGCAUUCAUUGUGGAAUAGAGAUGGUGUUGUUUUUUUUCUUCCUUUGUGAAUAAUAAUAAUAAUCAUAAGUGAAUUGUUUGUUUUUAUCUCUCUGUGUGUGUGUGUGUGUGUUUGUUUGUUCCGAUUAUCAAUAAUACGAGAAAAGU